AUGUCCGUCUUUCUUGUUAAUAAUAUCCCGACUUCUCGUACUUUUCCCAAAACUGUCUUCCAAGAACAUCUUCAUAUAUUCUUAAACAUUGCAGCAUCCUCUACACCUUUUUAUGGUGCUGCUCGACUUCGUCGCCUCAAGUUUGAUAAUUACAUUGGCUCUUUCUAUUUUAAAUUUCCUCAAGGAAUUUAUGCAUUGAAAGUUUACAGAGCGAUUUGUCCAACUCUUUGGAGCCGAGAUAUCAAUGCUACAAGGAAUAAUAGAAUUAGACUGCAUAUUGACAAGAGCUUUAACUUUAAGGCGGCCGUCUUGUUACCAAAUUUGCUUGAAUUAAAAAAUCAGCAGCGAUUCGGAGAAUAUUCUGUAUCUAUCUGUAUGUUUUUUGGUUACUCUCCACAGCAAGUCAAAGAUGUAGUAGAAAAGCCCACGCGAAACGACAAGAAAAAAGAGAAACAGAACAGCGAGAUGAUGAAACAAGAAACGAAAAAAAAAGUAUAUAAGCGUGGUGGUGCGGAAGAAGAUGGAUGUCUACCAUCGACAAAGAUGUAA